CGGCUCUGCCUGCGUUACGCCUUCUAGAAUCUCUUCGGCUCCGUCCUCCAAACCCCCUCACCAAGAAAGCAGAGGUGAACCAACCAGCGAAACCGUCAUCAAAUUGGUCGCGAGUUUGUGCGUACCGAUCUACCUCUAACCUUCUCCUCCGCAUUGCACCUGCGAACGGCGGGCAGAUCCAUGGCGGCGCUGGCGUCGAGGAUGGCGCUGCAGUCCAGGGCGGCGUUGGCCUCGAGGAUGGCGCAGCUGCAGUCCAAGGCGGCCGAGGUGACGAGGUUCGCGACCAAGCACGGGGGUGCGCUGCAGUCCGAGGCGGCAAGCUUCGCGGCCAAGCACGGGGCCACUCUGCAGUCCAAGGCGUCCGAGGCGGCAAGCUUCGCGGCCAAGCACGGGGGCGCGCUGCAGUCCAAGGCGUCCGAGGCGGCAAGCAUCGCGGCCAAGCACGGGGCCACGCUGCAGUCCAAGGCGUCCGAGGCGGCGAGCUUCGCGGCCAAGCAAGGGAGCGCGAUGCAGUCCAAGGCGGCCGAGGCGGCGAGCUCCGCGGCCAAGCAAGGGCGCGAGUACCACAAGACGCUCAUGGAGAGGAACAGGCAGUACGUCGUCGACCCGCCCACCGUCGAAAAGUGCCAGGAGCUCUCCAAGCAGCUCUUCUACACCCGCCUCGCCAGCAUUCCUGGCCGUUACAAGGCUUUCUGGAAAGAGGUUGAUGCUGUAAAGCUCUUGCUGAAAAACAGAAAGGACCUGAAGGCUGAGCAAGCCGGGGUUGCCGCAUUGUUUGGCAUUGAGUUGUAUGCAUGGCUUCGUGCCGGUGAGUUUAUUGGUAGAGGAUUUACCCUCACAGGUUGAUCGCUGACGUCUAGCAUGAGCGCACAUUAUUAGUCUACAUACAUUUGCCGUCUAGCUAUGAGCGUACAUUGUUAGUCUACAUUUGCCAUCGGAUACAGUGUUCGUUGAUCGAAAGUUUGUGCUUUUCUAGUUUGUU